AUGCAUCCUCCACCCGAUAUUCCCGUCCAAUCGAAUUCAGACCUGGCUUUGGACCCGGUCACGAUUAAUAAACAUAAACAACGGACAGAAGCAAUGAUGCCAGCUGUUGCAGCUGCAGGACCGCCCCGCCGCCUUCUCUUCAUAGCCUCAAUAGGCAACCAAGGCCCUUACCGCCGAACAAGACACAGCGCAGGCCAUAUCCUGCUUGACGAACUCCUCCCCCGACUCCGUGCGCGAUGGACCACACCUAGCGAUGCGCAAACAACGCCCAUCGGCGCAUACUACUCAACAUGGUAUAGCCCGUCCUUCAUGAACGAGUCAGGCCCAAAACUGGUCCGGCAGAUGGUCAAGUCAUUUGGACGGCAGGAGGAGAUUCUUGCGCAGGGCCCUACCUUGUCGCCUUGGUUAGCUGGGUUGGUACCCUCUGGAUCUGGGUCUGAGUCUGGGUCUGGACAGCCGCAAUAUCCAGCUACACUAGUUAUUCUGCACGACGAGCUCGAGGCGCCGUUGGGCAAAGUGCGGGUUAAGCGGGGUGGGCCUGAGGCUUUCAGCUUACGGGGUCAUCGGGGGCUGAUUAGUGUUUGUGAGAGUCUAAGAGGGAAGGGGUUAUAUCCUGCGCCGAGUCAAGGUCAGAGUAAACGAGGGAAGGAUGCAUCCACGUCGCGGGAUUUGUCUAUUUUGCGAGUUGGUGUUGGGAUUGGGAGACCGGAGAGUCGGGCCAAGAAUGCUGUUGCCGAAUAUGUUUUGACGGAGAUGGAUGCGAAGGAGUUGGCAGCUGUACAGAGGGCUGUUGAUCCUGUUGUGGAGGUUCUGGAGGAAGAGUUGUAUAGGGUUGAGGUACAGAAGUCGUGA